CACGGACUGGACGCUAGGGAAGCAACAAGCUUGAUUGAAUCAAAAAGCCUAUGCUACAAUAACGGGACCGCUAUUUAUCCGUUUAUAUUCAGAAGCAAGCCGUGCAUUUGGUGAGUGAGUAUUAUCGGGGUAAUUAAGGCUACUUUCCUAAAUUGCGAUGCAUGCUAAAAUAUAUAAGCAAUUUCGUAAACCCUGUCUACUACACGCAGCUCAAUGCAGGUGCAUCCAGUGUGGGGUGCUUUUUUAAGGAAGCCUGCGCAGUUUCCAUGGCCUCCAAAUGUAGCGAAAACGUUUUGGAAACGAAUAAUGAAAUAAUAUUUUGUAUGUUUUGAAAAUAUUGUCGAGUGCAUAGGCACCGGUUUUCUUAUUCGGUUUUGUAGACAGUCAGAACGUGAAAAGUGAGUCUGCAAACCAACGUCCAGCCUAUUCCACUAAUUAUCGAGCGAAAUUGACAUAGAUGGACAAACGUGAUGAUCUAUGUCAGUUUAGAUUUGCAUAUCGGCGGUGGGGAUCCCUUCUCUGAUAUGAAGCUUAUCAAGCACUCCAUCUCUUCAUGGAUUUUUUAUGCGGGGGAAAAUCGAUUUCGCGGAUCCUGCCUGCCUUUUGGUGGUAAAUAGAUUGCCGCAAGUGCUCGUAAACACACAUCCAUCACAUAUAGGUUCACACAGGGUGGGUAGCCUAAAUGUGUUGUUGCAUUGGUUGAUAGAUACUACCAUGUUAUCGUGGAUAGAAUAUUACAGUGUGCUACAUGUUGCUGGCCUGGCUGGUUGAAUAGGUAGGCUACUUGUGAAACAUUCUGUCAAAAGCAUAUUCUAGAAUGUUCUGUUUUUGUUUCGUGUCUAUCCCAUCAAAGUUACACAGUAACUGAUUUCUUAGUCCGAGGACAAAACUUUCAGCUCUAUUUUUUUCAACCAGUGAAUGACAUACCGGUAGCCUACAAGUCACAUUUCACAGCUUGUGCUCUUUGAUAAUGCAUGUUCAGACAGUUCAACCGAUUCCCUGUGUACUGGAUCUCCCUAUAGCCCAAAGCCAUUGGUUUGAAGGAACAGCACACACAGUACACCCUCUGUGCUGAAUAAAGUUUGAGCCAGCAACUUCACAAAUAACUCCCUAGAAUAGAAUAGAAUAGAAAUGACAAGAGCAGAAUAGAGCAUGAGUAUAGAAUACAAACAGAGUAGAAUAGAACUGUAAUAGAAUAGAAUCACUGUAUUUUCCCAAGAGUAGAAUAGAAUUAAACAGAAUAGAGUAGAAUAUAGAAAACAAACAGUGUAAAAUAGAAUAGAAUAACUUAAUGAUUUUCCCCAAGGGAACUUUAGCCUAUAAACAGAUAACAGCACAUGUCACGCCCUGACUCAUGGGACUCGUGUAUGUUGAGUCAGGGUGUGGAUAUUCGAUGUUGUAUUUUCUAUGUUUGCAUUCUAUGUUGUGUGUUUCUAUGUUUGGCCGGGUGUGAUUCCCAAUCAGAGGCAGCUGUCGCUUGUUGUCUCUGAUUAUGGAUCAUACUUAGGCAGCCUAUUGGCAAUCACUAGUUGUGGGAUCUUGAGGACUUCACGUUACGUUGGUUUGUUGUUUUGUUCGUGUGUUUAUCAUUGAAAUAAACAUGUAUGCAUUUCACGCUGCGCCUUGGUCUGACCCGUCCUUAAACGAACGUGACAGCACAAUUAAAAAUACAAAUACCAAGAAAACUAAACAGUUUUGGGUUUAGUUCUAUUCCAGCAGACAGUCAAAGCCAUAUUUGCAGAUGUGUUACUGCAAUGUUUGUAGUUGGGCUGUUAUGGCAUGAGCUAAACUUCUCCUAGGCAUUAGCCAAUGUGGCUAAUCUCUAUAAUUAGCAGCUUGCCAGAUUUUCUUAUGGGAGGAUGGACACACACACACACACACACACACACACACACACACACACACACACACACACACACACACACACACACACACACACACACACACACACACACACACACACACACACACACACACACACACACACACACACACUGUUAUUAGCUUGAGCUAGAACUGAGAGAAGUCUCCAAAGGCUUGCAGUGGCAUUCUUUCCUGUCUGUUGCUGUCCGUUGCUUGGCAGAUCAAUGUGGCAGGCUUAAGUGCUCACUACCAUCACCUUUUAUUUAAAGUGCUGCAAGUGUGUGCUUAAUGAAUUAUUUAUGUAUUUAUAAAGUCCACUGGUGUGAAUUAUUUAUUUACCGUUGCUGUUUUUGAAUAUGUGUGGUUAGCAGCAUCUAGAAGUACUGACUCUUAUACAGUGUGUGGAGUUGACUAGAACAAUUCAAUGCAGUGGUUUAGACAUAAACAAACCUUAAUCAAGUUAGUUUAUAAAAAUGCCAUAACUAUACUAUAAAGACAGUCUUACAGGAAUAGUUGGCUCUUGUUAGUAGUUCAGUCCUUUGAUUGACAGGUCUGAGAAAUGAAGAAGUGGAUAGUCACGUCAUAUUAUUAUGGGGUGGCAGGUAGCUUAGUGGUUAAGAGCGUUGCGCCAGUAACCGAAAGGUCGCUGGUUCUAAUCCCCGAGCCGACUAGGUGAAAAAUCUGUCAAUGUGCCCUUGAGCAAGGCACUUAACCCUAAUUGCUACUGUAAGUCGCUCUGGAUAAGAGCGUCUGCUAAAUGACUAAAAUGUAAAUAUUAGAUUAAGCUGUCCAGUGAUACUAUCAUGGUGAUGUGUCAAGCAGAGGCUAGGCAGCAUCUUUCUCCCUCUGUUUUAUUGGACUGUGUGUGUGCGCUUGUCUCCACAAAGACCUUUGUUUUGGCGGCCCGGCUAAGCUUUUAUUAUAACACCCAACGCCUCUGCACAAAGUGUUCACAGAGUGUGAGGAUAAUCAAUGUCCCAUGUCUGGUGGGCUACAGGGCUACAGAUGCUAGUUAUCAUGCAGAAGGGAGGAAGGAACCAACAACAGUUUGACUGACUGCUGGUGGAGCUGUGAUUUGGGUUAUGGUGCCUGCUCAUGUCAUGCCUUGUGUGAUGUGUUAUUGUCCUCAAAAUGUCCCUAUAUUUAAUGUCUUCAUUUGCUUUAGAAUUACCGGUUUGCGUUUUCUAUGUUUUUAGACCAUUUUUCAACCAUUGGAAAUGCUAUGUGAACUGUCAAGUACUCAGAACUCCUGGUUUGAGUUAUGUACCCUGUUUUUCAGAAUAUUCUUCAACCUUUGGAGAACCGUUUGAGAAACAGAAAGUCUGUGAGAACUACUGGUUGGAGGUUUCUACCCUGUUGACUGUUAUGGGAACAGUCAAGUACUUCAGAUUCAGAACUGCCAGUUUAAGUUUUGUACCCUGUCUGUCCAGAGCUGUGGAGGGGAGAUGUCGGCUGUGUACAAAGACGACCAGGAUGACUGGAUGACAGUCUGCCUCAAGUACCUCCUCUUUGUCUUCAACGUCCUCUUCUGGGUGAGCAGCACGAGCAAACUACCCUGGAUCUGUUUGUGCUGCAUUAGCCAACAACCAUGGGAGUUGGCCAUAGGAGUUGGCCAUAGGAGUUGGCCAUAGGAGUUGGCUAUACAGCACAAACAGAUCUGGGAUCAGGCUAUAGCAAAUUAGCAAGCCCUCCUGUUUGUCUUCAACUUUCUCUUAUGGGUGAGUAGCAAGCUAGCCUGGUAAGCUAGCCCGGUAAGCUAGCCCGGUAAGCUAGCCUGGUAAGCUAGCCCGGUCUCAGAUAUUUUUGUGUUGUACUGCCAAAGACCAAGUGAGUUGGCUUUACAGCACAAAACUGAUCUGGGAUCUGUUUUAAACCUCUAGUACACAGAAACAAUACUUUUCUUCCAGUGACAGGUUCAUAGUGUUCAUAGGUUCAUUCUUGUGUGGCUUCUUAUGUUGCUAUUUCUUAGCCUAAAGAGAGAGGAAGAGAGAGAGAGAGAGAGAGAGAGAGAGAGAGUUACCAUGAGGAAAGAGAGGGAAAGGGGAGAGAAAGGGAGAUAGAAACUAUUUAACUAUUUGCACAUCGUUACAACACUGUAAUAGACAUGAAAUGACAGUUGAAAUGUCUUUUUAUUGUUCAUUUCACUUUUGUUUAUCAAUUUCACUUGCUUUGGGAAUGUAAACAUAUGUUUCCCAUGCCAAUAAAGUCCCUUGAAUUGAAUUGAAUUGAGAGAGAGAAAGAAAGAAAGAAAGAAAGAAAGAAAGAAAGAAAGAAAGAGAGAGAGAGAGAGAGAGAGAGAGAGAGAAAGAGUUACAGAGAGAGGAUAGAGGGAGAGAAAAAACAUGACAGAGAAAUGGAGUGGACUUGGCCCAGUGUACUCUAAUAUUUAUGGCCUGUCGGUGUUGGACCGAUGUGCUGUGGAUCAAACCUGGUCCCUGGCAGCCUGUGUAUGUUUAAUGUUUAAUAAUACAGUUAGCUAUUAAAGCUAUGUGCUGCUGGGCCCUUAGGCCUGAAAACACUGUCUGCAGAGUAAGGGAUCAGAUUCAAACAAGUUCUGAAGAGCUGGGGAGCUGUGGAUGGGUGGGGAGAGAGAGACACAUGGAGAAAGACAGAGAGGGAGGCAGGGCGCUAUCGCUCUCUCCCUCUUCAACUUCCCACUGUCAUGCUCCCUCAACUAGCCUGGCGCCUCCCAGGUCCCAUGCUGUACAAUGAGAAAAAAUGCUGUAACUUGGCUGCAAGACAGAGUGGACAAAUAUAGCAUGUGUGACAGACAGGGUUCGAACAUGAGUCUCCUGUGUAGAACAUGACUGUGUUAGCCCACUGAGCUAGAGCCUAGGCACCAGGCCACCACAUUUAUUUAUUUUUUCUUGUGGAAAGUUAACAAAAGUGAAAAAGAUUUAAAACAAAGACGUGAUCCCCAAAGGACCAGGUCAUUGUUAUUCACUGAGAGUUUCCUUUCUUCCACCUCUGAUUUGACACUUCAAGUAGUCUCUUUUAUAUCUCUCGUUUUACAUUUCACACUAACCCAAAGGCUUCCCUUCAAACCCCACAGUGCAUAAUAGUAAUACCUCCCACUUUCCCCAAUGGCCACAGCCCCAGCCUGCCCGUUUCUCUAUAUUGUAAGUCUGCACCCAAAGAUACUACAUACUUAUACUCCAGAGUUGCCCAUUCCUUUAAUCUAUCACUUUUUCCCCUGGCAUGGUGUUUUAGCACUACAUAUGUAGGACCUGAAUUUGAGCCAGUUUGCUACAGCAGGAAAAUAAUCCUGCAGCAACAUUAGACCUCAAAUACGCUACACGUUUUACAUUUUCUGCAUUGCAGGAAGGUUCUGCAACAGGGUGAUCAAAUUAAGAUCCUACAUCUGUAGCAGCAGUGUUUGUUGUUUGGGAGUAGGGGCUUCACGUGUAGAGGAGGAGGAAAGGGAUGGGAGGCUGAAUAGGAGAGACUCUCCCAGGGAUUUCCUGCACGUCCGGGUGUGACAUAGAUGGGGAAAACAGAUUAAGGGCAUUGCCACGUCACCCCUCUGAUGUGGCCACCACUAUUUAUGGAAACAAAUCACUCCACUCUGACUCUGUUUGGCUCGCUCUCCUUUUUUGUCACUCCGCUCUCUUCCUUCCUUUCUCUCUCUCUCUUACUGUUUUGGUGUAUAUCCCCUUACAUUUUAAAAAACAUUUUAGUCAUUUAGCAGACGCUCUUAUCCAGCGUGACUUACAGUUAGUGAGUGCAUACAUUUUUCAUACUGGCCCCCCAUGGGAAUCAAACCCACAACCCUGGCAUUGCAAGUGCCAUGCUCUACCCACUGAGCUACAGGAGCCUUCCUCUCUGACUUACUUUAUUGACACUGCGUUCUCUCUCUCUGUCAUCCUCCUCGCUUUGUCUUUCUAUCACUCUUUCCCCCUCUCUCUGUCUUUCUAUCUCUCUUUCCCCCUCUCUUUGUCUUUGUUUAUCUCUCCUUUCCCUCUCUGACUCACUUGUUGACACGUCAACACUCUCCCCCCUACUUCUCAUUCUCUCUCCCCCCUCACACCCCUCCUGUCACCUCUCCCACUCUCUCUCCAUCUCAAUUCAGUUCAAUUAAAUUAAAAUAAAUUCAAUUCAAUUGGCAUGAAACAUUUAGUGCCAAAGCAAACAUACGGAAACACAUGACAUCAACCUGUCUCUCUCCUCAGGUUGGUGGAGCGGCGGUGAUGGGCGUGGGAAUCUGGACCUUGAUAGACAAGAGUGACUACCUGAGCCUGCUGGCCUCCAGCACCUUCGCCGUGUCCGCCUACAUCCUCAUCCUGGCCGGGGCCCUGGUCAUGGUCACGGGCUUCCUGGGCUGCUGCGCCGUCAUCAGGGAGCAGAGGAGCUGCCUAUCCACGGUGAGGAAGCCCUCCCUGGGCAGGGUGACUACUCUAGGCCCCAGGCUUUCUGGAAGGCCCCUGGGUCUUCUGAAUGUUUAUGUUGAUUAAAGGGAUAGUUAAAGGACAUUACAACAUUAGUUAGAUGCAUUAUAUUGAAUGUAGUGUUCGGCUCAUAGAUAACUUUCAGGGUAAGACACUAACUAACACUGUAGUUUGGGUGAGAUAUCUCUUUAAUGGCAGUGUUGGUGUUUGCAUUAGAAAUGGGCUGGUUAUAUACUGUAGCUACAGGUGAAUGGUAAAAUGAGAGCGCACCAUGAAACAAGAAUGAGAAUGGAGCUAUCUGCACUCUGUACUCUCUAAGGGAAUGUUCAUUUAUAACAUCAGUUUAUUCCAAUUCAAACUCACCUUGGUUGCACUCAGCACUUUUGGGUACAUUGUAUGUUUUCCCUUACCCCAGAUACCUGUUUCCUUUGAAACGUCCCUGGCCCUGCCGCUCCUUCCCUGCACCCCUGCUCUCGCGUCCCCACUUGUGACUUUCUCUUUUGUGCGUGUGUGUGUGCGUCUGUGUGUGCGUGUGUCUGUCUGUGUGUGUGUGUAUGCUGGGAGCUGACAAAUGAGCUGACACGCCCCAUACUGUCCUCAUUCUUUUAAAGGCCGGAGGGGAGCAGGCCAGAGAUGAGCCACUAACUCUUCUACUGCAGCGGGACUAUUUAUAGUAGUGAUACAUGAAACUGAUGGAGGGGGGAGAGGGGGGGUUUGGGUGGGUGGUGGGUGUGUUUUUGUUGUGGGGUUAGGGUGAACGUGUGUGUGUGUGUUUAAAGGGGAGGGUUGUGUGAGGGGGAUGAGUGAAGAGUUGGUUUUCGUCAGAUCACUAUGGGGGGGGGGGGGGUGUUGUAGGUGGGAAAGAGAGAUGUGUGUGUUUGUGUGUCUGUCGGGGUAGAAUAAAAUAUAAUGCAAUGUUAUUGCCAAUCAACAAUGGCUGUUAAGAAUUAUCUUUAGUGUGGUGUGUAAUAAUACACCUCCCACCUUCUUCCAUCUGCCAUAACCCAAUAUUCUGGCAUUACCACACAAACACACUGUGAUGAUGUGGUGUGUGUGUGCUUGUGCAUGUGCCUAUGCGGGUGCAUGUGUGUGUAUAGCCUGUUAGUGGGCAAGGUAAAGAUGGAAUGGCUGCUUUAACUCUGUUAUAGACUAUGCUCUCCUAAAUUAUGGCUCCCCUGCAGCUGUGUGUGUGUGUGUUUGUGUGUUUGUGUGUGUGUGUGUGUGAUAAACAAUGUUUUUGGCAUAGCUUUGUUUUUCCUCACCUCCACACAUUACAUCAGCGACAGGCUGGGAAUGAGCAUCUGUCUCCCGGUAAUGGCCUUGAGCGCAACGCUGCACGCCAAACGCUUUGUGUCCCGCCUCUCUGACAGGUGUGCCUAAUUAGCCCCUGUGUGUGUGUGGGAGUGUGUGUUUGUUGCUUCAUUUAGUUUUUGUAUGAUUAAUUGUGUGUGUGUAUUUAGUGUGCGUGUGUGUGUGUGUGUGUGUGUGUAUAGCUCUCUAAAAAGCUCAAGCACCAGUCUUGUUAGUCCAUUCUUGCUGUGUGUGUGUGUGCUGUGUGUCUGUGUGUGUGUGUGUGUGUGGGCGAAACAUACUCACCAUUUACAUACUCUCAUGUUAAAUCCAAACAGUGUUAUAUCACAAUGAUACAGGAGAAGAUUUUGCACAGCAGAUAAUGGUUGGUUGGAACAGCAUACCCCACAGCCACCCCCAUUUCUCAUUGAUAUCAAUACAUAUUGAUAUCUUCCCAGACUAAUGAGCUAAUAAGGUGCUAAUUAGUCCACUGAGACUUGUGUGAUAUUUUUAGCUCCUCUCCUUCUCCAGUAGCAUACUAAUGAUGGUUUUGUUUUACCAAAGUGUUUUUCUAUUAAUGUUGUAUUCUGUGGUAAUGAUUUCUAUGAAACACCCACAGUAGAUUCGUUUAUAGCACCUUAGUUAUAUCACCCCGUAGCAUAGAUUUUAUAAGCAUUGCUAUAAGCAUCCAUAACAGCUCAUAGCUCCUUUUAGAAAUGUGUUGGAUGGAUUUUGGAUGCACUAUAACACUUGAUUCAUUCAUAAUGGCUGAUGAUCCAUAGGAGUGAAUAUACAUUUAUUUAUGCCUCCAGUGCAUCAUUUAGAACUCAUUAUUGAAAUGCAGUUUAAAUCCCAUUUAUUAUUAUGAUUCAUUAUCCAGAAGAGACUCAAAGAAAGUCUUACCUGUAUUUUGUCUCCCAUGAAGCCUGGAUUUCACGUCCAACAUAAUCAUACAGUAGCUAAUCUCUGGAUCAAAGCUUUAUGAUUCUGUCAAUAUUGCUGUUGGAGGUGUUGCAGGUUUUUUUUACUGAGUACUGGUUUGAAGGUGUUGCAGGUUCUUUUUUACUGAGUACUGGUUUGGAGAUGUUGCAGUUUUCUUUUACUGAGUAUUGGUUUGCAGGUGUUUCAGUUUUUUUUUACUGAAUACUGGUUUGGAGGUGUUGCAGGGUUUUUUACUGAGUACUGGUUUGAAGGUGUUGCAGUUUUUUUUUACUGAGUACUGGUUUGGAGAUGUUGCAGUUUUAUUUUACUGAGUACUGGUUUGGAGGUGUUGCAGGGUUUUUUACUGAGUACUGGUUUGGAGAUGUUGCAGAGUUUUUUACUGAGUACUGUUUUGGAGAUGUUGCAGAGUUUUUUACUGAGUACUGGAUUGGAGGUGUUGCAGGUUUUUUUUUUACUGAAUACUGGUUUGGAGGUGUUGCAGGGUUUUUUACUGAGUACUGGUUUGGAGGUGUUGCAGGUAUUUUUUACUGAGUACUGGUUUGGAGGUGUUGCAGGGUUUUUUACUGAGUACUGGUUUGGAGGUGUUGCAAUUUAUUUUUGACUGAGUACUGGUUUGGAGGUGUUGCAGGGUGUGUGGUGUUCUGUUCAUUGUUGUUCCCUCAGGAGCUAGAGAGGUGUUUUAUGUCUCUCUUAGUUCUCAGUACAUUUACCUGUCAACAGCAUGUCUGGGGCAGAAAUCAAAACCUCUCUCUCUCUUUCUCAAAUAUGAAAGGUAUCCCCCUCCCUCUACACCUGUUCUCUCUCUAUUCCCCCUCUCUUUUUCUGCUAGGACAAAUAUGACAGUCAUCUCACACCCCUCAUUCAUUUCCCCUCAUUCAUUUCCCCUCAUUCAUUUCACCUAAUUCAUUUGCCCUCAUUCUGCACACUGUCACAUUGCUCUCUAUUCCUCUGUUAUUUUUUCUUUCUCUUUGUCAGCUUUGGGAAUGCGGGUGCGUGACAAUACAAAGACACUUGAUGGAACGCUUUAUAUCUGCAUUGUCACAAUAACUGAGUGACUUUUGGUAGGAGUCUAAGAGUGAGUGUCGCAAAGAUCUUAAGUGUGACUGUUCUAAACAGAGACAUGCAAUUAUUGCAGCAUUUUGUCUUAUAAACAAGAGAGAGUUUUGCCUGUAAGUGUUGAACUGAACUGUGUUAAGACUGAUUUAUUUCUCCCCCUCUCUCUCUCUCUCUCUCUCUCUCUCUCUCUCUCUCUCUCUCUCUCUCUCUCUCUCUCUCUCUCUCUCUCUCUCUCUCUCUCUCUCUCUCUUAGUAUUUCUGCUGUCUGUUGCUGAUCUUUCUCAUAGAGCUGGUGGCAGGAGUCCUGGCCUAUGUGUAUUACCAGAGGGUGAGUGUGACUACUUCUCCACCUUCAUCUUUCAUCCUCUUGUGUAUCCUUCCCCCUCUUCCUCCCUCUUCCUCCCUCUUCCUCCCUCCCCCUCCCCCUCGUAUUUGUUUUCUUUAAAAAUACUUUGAUCUAUUAAUUGAGCCUGGAGUGCAGUUCUGGGACUAUAACCUUGGUUCAAUUGCGCUAGUCAAGCUCAGUCAAGCACAGCUAAUGUGUUUAAAAUAAAAUAAGUACUUAUUGAACCCAGGUCUGUUCUCUAUACAUAACCCUUCCUCCCUUUCCUCUCCAUUGCAUUUGAGUAGUCGCUUGUGUGUUUGUGUGCACGCGUGCAUGCUUGCCUGGUGUGUGUGUGAUACCUGUGUAAAGGCCCUGAUCUCCAGACAGACCUCAACCCUGAGCCCUGAUCUCCAGACAGACCUCAACCCUGAGCCCUGAUCUCCAGACAGACCUCAACCCUGAGCCCUGAGAUUAUCCUAAUCUCACACACAUCAGUCUCAUUCAGUAUAAUCAGAAAUGAAUGGUAGACUCAAUAUCCUGGUGAGGGGAGAUCUUAUUCACUUUCAAGGGAAUGGAGUUGAGUUGAGGUUCAGAUAAAUGUAAAGAUAAGCUCUGACACAAGCAAGACAACCCCACUUCACUCUCCUCUAUCACUCUGAGGUGUUCUCUCUCUCUCUCUCUCUCUCUCUCUCUCUCUCUCUCUCUCUCUCUCUCUCUCUCUCUCUCUCUCUCUCUCUCCUUGUCUACCCCCUUCCUCUCUUUCAUUCCAUCUUCCUUCGUCCCUUCAUCCCUUCGUCCCUCUAACCCUCCCUCUCUGUUUCCCUCCCAACCUCUCUACCUCCCUCUCUCCCUCCCUCUGUCUCUCUCUUCUCUCUUCCUCCCCUAGCUCAGUGAGGAGCUGAAGCAGCACCUGAAUCAGACCAUGACAGAGAACUACGCCCAGCCAGGGAAAGAGGCCAUCACCCUGGCCGUGGACAGACUACAGCAGGAUGUAAGGACUCCAUCUCCCAUGAGCCUUAGUUUUUCUUGAAGGGACAGGAGCACCAGUGGUAAAGAUGGUUUACAUUAGUUAUGGUAGCUAGUUGCUACACUCAACCGAUAAAGCCGCCGUAGUACAUGCAUGCACACACACUAUCAUCCCUGUUCACCUCGAAGCAUGUGAGGUUCAAUGUUAAUCAUAUGCAAGGUCACGUCCACUAUAGGGCUACAGUAUGAUGCAAGAUGACUUGGUUUACAAAAAAAUUUCUGUAAUGUGAUGUAUUUUUUCUGCCUCGUCAAUAUUUUGUUGAUUGAUUUUAAAUAAAUGUGAUGGUUUUCAGACAACCACUAAGUGUAGCUUACGGUAAACACAAUUCCACUCUUCUUCUUCCAUUGGCCAGUUCAAGUGCUGUGGCAGCAACAACUCGUUUGAUUGGCUGCACAGUGUGUAUGUGACCUCGGCUGAGUCGGAGCGCAGGGUGGUCCCGGACAGCUGCUGUAAGACCAUCACCACCCUCUGUGGCUGCAGAGACCACCCCUCCAACAUCUACAAGACUGAGGUGGGUGUGACCAUUGGAAAAUCGUCAUUCUAUUCAACAGUAAAUAUGUGCCGAAUGGGUUACAAUGGACUUUAGGGUGUUGUAAAUGGACAUUUUCACAGUAAAAAUGUGUUAUGUUGUCAUUCUAUUCCAUAGAAAUGACAGCAGAGCCCAGCACUGUCAGUGGACUUGAACAGUUAAUAAUUAUUUCAGAUUUAAACAUUUGUUCAUAUCUAAUGGAUCAAUACAAUUCAAGUUGGAUCCUAAAAUAUUCCUUAAAAUAAUAUUUCAAAAAUAUAAAUGGAUCUCGACAUAGAACACUUGAUCAAUAUUUCAGGACCGAAAGGUUGUAUUGGUCUAUGCAUCAUAUGAUUCCUAAUGUCUGAAAUGGGGACAGGAAGUUGAUAUGUCCCUCAGAGCUCCACUACCUCCAUACUUAUUCUGUCUAUGAAACUAAAACAGUCCAACACUCUGGUUUGGAAAGUCACUUUUGCCAACCACUUUUCUCUAUUUGACAGGCUUUCUUAACAGUAACGGCUGAUAGCAUAAGCGCUCGGAGAAAUUAAUAAAAUAUUUGAGAUGCUCCUUUCGCUUUUAUCUGUGACAAGCAGGAGAAGUCUGUGCUCAUUUCUCUCUUUCACACACACGCACACACACGCACACACACACACACACACACACACACACACACACACACACGCCCGCACACACACGUCGCGCUCCUUGGUUCCCGCUCUUAUCACUCCACCUGUCAGUGUCACUCCAGUUCAGAGGAGGGAAACUUUGAGAAAAUCUCUUUAUAAUGAAACAAAGUUUAUAUGGGUGGAACUGAAAUAUUUACUGUGCAUUUAGGAAGUCAGCUAUGGUUGACAGCUCCCCACACACUCGGAAAACACUUGGGUUCAAAAUGUGCUCGUCAAUGUGUUUUCACUUGUCUGGGAAGCUGAGAUGUUUUCGAAAUGUCCUCAGAACUGUGACUCACAACAUGGCUUAAAACAACCCACUCAGUCAAAGCUCUUUGGUAAAACAGUAUGACACCGGAUGUACGGAGGUGACUGUACAUGGAUGUUUACGUGCACUCCAUCCAUCCAUGGCUUCUCAAUGCCCCCUCUACCCACAUCUGAGUGACUGUGCAUGUGCAUGUGUGUGUGUGUGUGUGUGUGUGGUCAGAGAAGGAUCCUCCUGAGAGAGACCUAAUGCAUCCCACUGUUCUCUCCACUCCUCUCAGGCUGCCCAAGGCCCUUUAUCUUACUGUAGUUUGUUCUCUGCAGUGUAACUCUAUACCACACACACAUACACACACACACACACACACACACACACACACACACACACACACACACACACACACACACACACACACACACACACACACACAUUCACCAAAGCUGCUCUUUGUUCUGCCGCAGCAAUGUGGAGACGGGCCAUAGACAGAGCCAGAGAGGGUAGAGUUGAUAAAUAUACUAUGGUAACUGAAGAGCAUAGCCCAAUUCCAAUUCUCCUUGUUCACACCCCCUCAAGGAUUUAAAAGCAUUGGAUUGAUGUAAAUAUGAUAGACACUGACUACACCAAUCAGGUGUGUCUGUGUGUGUAUGUGUGUGUUUGUGCAUGUGUGCGUGCGUGAGUGAGUGUGCAUCAUACAUGUGUGGGCUCAUGUGUGUGUGUGAAGUGAUUUGACCCCUGACCUGUAACCUCUGCCCCACAGGGUGGCUGCAUCACCAAGCUGGAGCAGUUCCUGGCUGACCACCUGCUGAUCAUUGGAGCUGUGGGGAUAGGAGUGGCCUGUCUACAGGUAGGUCCCCCAACACUGACCAGUGGCUUUAUUAACAGGAAAUGAUGAGCCGUUAUUAUAGUUCUGUGGUAGCACCUCACUACAGACACAAGCUAUCACUAUCAGACUACCACAAACUAUCAUGUUGUUUUUGGGGAUUUGUGGUAUCACAGAUUUCAUGGAUAUCAAUAUAAUGUUGUGAUAAUAGUGGAUGUAAUCUGCUACUGUGGAUAUUGGUAGCCUUACUGUUGAAAUGUCUUCAAUGCUAGCUAGUAUCUUGAUGGAUAGGUGGGGACAAGCUCAAUAGAGAUUGUGAACAGAAAGGGAGAGAGAUGGCAAGGUAACCUUUGCUUGUUUGUCUUAGGAGAGUAACGGGUUAAGAGGUGAGACUAUUGCUUAAAAAAAUACACUUUUUUUAUAUCAAUAAAAGGCUUUCCACAAAAAUAUACAGUACCAGUCAAAAGUUUGGACACACCUACUCAUUCAAGGGUUUUUCUUUAUAUUUUACUAUUUUCUACAUUGUAGAAUAAAAGUGAAGACAUCAAAACUGUGAAAUAACACAUAUGGAAUCAUGUAGUAACCAAAAAAUUGUUAAACAAAUCAAAAUAUAUUUUAUAUUAGAGAUUCUUCAAAUAGCCACCCUUUGCCUUGAUGACAGCUUUGCACACUCUUGGCAUUCUCUCAACCAGCUUCACCUGGAAUGCUUUUCCAACAGUCUUGAAGGAUUUCCCACAUAUGCUGAGCACUUGUUGGCUGCUUUUCCUUCCCUCUGCCGUCCGACUCAUCCCAAACCAUCUCAAUUGGGUUGAGGUCGGGGGAUUGUGGAGGCCAUGUCAUCUGAUGCAGCACUACAUCACUCUCCUUCUUGGUAAAAUAGCCCUUACACAGCCUGGGGGUGUGUUGGAUCAUUGUCCUGUUGAAAAAGAAAUGAUAGUCCCACUAAGCCAAAACCAGAUGGGAUGGUGUAUCGCUGCAGAAUGCUGUGGUAGCCAUGCUGGUUAAGUGUGCCUUGAAUUCUAAAUAAAUCACAGACAGUGUCACCAGCAAAGCACCCCCACACCAUAACACCUCCUCCUCCAUGAUUUACGGUGGGAACUACACAUGGUGAGAUCAUCCGUUCACAAAGACACGGCGGUUGAAACCAAAAAUCUCAAAUUUGGACUCCAGACCAAAGGACAAAUCUCCACCGGUCUAAUGUCCAUUGCUCGUGUUUCUUGGCCCAAGCAGGUCACUUCUUAUUAUUGGUGUCAUUUAGUAGGGGUUUCUUUGCAGCAAUUCGACCAUGAAGGCCUGAUUCACGCAGUCCUCUCUGAACAGUUGAUGUUGAGAUGUGUCUGUGACUUGAACUCUGUGAAGCAUUUAUUUGGGCUGCAAUUUCUGAGGCUGGUAACUCUAAUGAACUUAUCCUCUGCAGCAGAGGUAAUUCUGGGUUCUGCACUUGAAGAAAUGUUCAAAGUUCUUGAAAUGUUUCGUAUUGACUGACCUUCAUGUCUUAAAGUAAUGAUGGACUGUCGUUUCUCUUUGCUUAUUUUUGCUUUUCUUGCGAUAAUAUGGACUUGGUCUUUUACCAAAUCUUCUGUAUACCCCCCUUACCUUGUCACAACACAACUGAUUGGCUCAAACGCAUUAAGAAGGAAAGAAAUUCCACAAAUUAACUUUUAAGAAGGCACCUGUUAAUUGAAAUGCAUUCCAGGUUACUACCUCAUGAAGCUGGUUGAGAGAAUGCCAAGAGUGUGCAAAGCUGUCAUCAAGGCAAAGGGUGGCUAUUUGAAGAAUCUCAAAUAUAAAAUAUACACUUUUUUGGUUACUACAUGAUUCCAUAUGUGUUAUUUCAUAGUUUUGAUGUCUUCACUAUUAUUAUACAAUGUAGAAAAUAGUACAAAUAAAGAAAAACCCUUGAAUGAGUAGGUGUGUCCAAACUUUUGACUGGUAGUGUAUAUAUUUCAAAAAACAUAAAAGUGGUUAUAAUCUUCCUAUUACCCCAAAAAUGCAUCCAGUAACUCCUAUUACCGGUCAGACAACCUUUCAAUGCACUCUAUUACCCCAGCUCUAUCCUCCCAGCUGUAAUCCGAUCCCAUUCACAUUCUGUGAUUUGAUUUGCUGAGGCCUCAGAUGGACCAAGCUCGUAGCCCUUUCCACUGUAUACAGGUUAAAAAUGGCAGAUUUUGUCAUUAAUAAGCGCCUGAAUUGGAACAAAGUGGCUGUACAGUAACAUGCUAUACAUGACGUCAGGGCUCAGAUUCUCCUGUUCACAGCGCUGUAUGGGUUUUGACUGACAGCCGUUAUGAACUUGAGCACUGCUCGCGACAAGAAGAUGCCCCCAUCCCUCCCGCUAAUUGGGCUAUGUUUGCACAUUUGUUAUUGUCUGAGUGAGGGAAAUGCUGUAAAUCGAGAGGAGUCUAUGUGUUCUGAAAGAUGAGACGUUGAGGAUGAUAAUAAAUACUGCUUUGAUGUCAUACAAGCAAACCGCACACCUGUGAGUCCAAAUGUGCACUUCACAUUUCCGUACUUGAAACUCAUGUUGUUUACAGUAUAAAGGUUUAUGAUUGAUAUAACCCUAACCCUUCUCAGCAGUAUCGGAAGAGAAAGGUCCCUCCCCUCAGCCUAAUGUGUGAUGAGAUAGGAUGUAAAGAAUCGAGGAAAGAUAAAUUGAGAUGGGGCCAUGGACAGGAAACGGUAUACCUUUCUCUCCCAGCAUGCUUUGUAAUAACUGUUGGAUGGGGCGGCUGCUCUCCACAAUCGAUCUGCUCUCUGCAAAUAAACUACACAGGGACUGGACUGGAAUCUCCAUCCCCCAAACAUGGAUUGAUCUCCUGAAAAUGGUUUACGGUUCAGCCACUGCAAUUCAUAGAUUGGUGUUUUCGUCAAGCUUGGGAUGUGAUGUUCGGGUUGAGAGGUUUGUUUUUAAAGUACGGUGAUGUUUAGUAGCCAAAUCCCAGAUUAGUUUGUGCUGUCUAGCCAACUCUCGUCAUGCUACAUGAGUCAGUUAUAUACAGCACACAAUACAGCACAAACACAUCUGGGACCAAGCUAGAUGUUUUGCGGUCAGGAGCAAGAAAUCUCCUAUCUAGCUGUGGUAACGCUUACAUUUUACAUUUUAGUCAUUUAGCAGACGCUCUUAUCCAGAGCGACUUACAGUUAGUGAGCGCAUACAUUUUCAUACUGGCCCCCCGUGGGAAACGAACCCACAACCCUGGCGUUGCAAGCGCCAUGCUCUACCAACUGAGCUACGCCGUUAAUGACUAAAUAAUUCCAGACUGUGCCAUUUAUUUGCUUAUUUACAAUAUUAUAGUCGUAUUCUCAAUAAAUGAUCUUCGUAUGAUGAGAAAACAAGGCUUAGAUAAUUCAUUUCGAUUUAAUAUAACAUAUUGAUACAGCCUAACUGAUAAAACUGCACAGUUUUGAUUUGUGAAGUUCAAAUAGAGUACAGUCUUGCACUUCACGCUAUAUAGUCAAUGUCAAAUAUCACGAUAUUAGAUUAAACAUAUAUCCCCCCAACCGUAGCUUAGCCCAAACCUGAACAUACAGGACUGGUUCCAUCUUGGCUACUCCUUCCAACCAACCAGGGUUCCCACUCUUCUCAGUGUUCCGAUAGCUUUUCUCCUGGAAUUCCACAUAGGAGUCAUGUGAUCAUGUCACCGUAGAGACUGUCGACAUGAGAAUUCGGGGUGCCUAAGAAUAACACAUUUUUUAUGAGCCCAAAAGCCCCUCCCCCUAUUAGAAAGAAUAUUAGACAAUAUAUUCCAAAAUGAUAUGCUGACAUUAUUCCACACACACAUAUGAAGCGUACACGGGUAAGAAAUCUAGCUAUAUCAUUAAUAUGUGUUAGCGGUACAUCGACAAAUCACCCAUCUUGUCCCAAACUAAUUUAGACCAGCUUUUGAUCUAAAUGGCCUCUUCUCUCUAGGGCUUGAAGGUGUCUCUGUCUGAUUGUCUGUCAGUUGUAUGUCAGUAAUGUCAGUCUGUCAGUGAUGUCUCUGUGUGUACUAUCUCUGUUUCAACUGUUUCUCUCUGUCUUUAAUAAUUGAAAUAUUAAUAGUCUCUGUACCUUUGUUCUUAGUUUGGUUGUGUGUAUGCCAAUCAAUUUAGUCUCUGUCCUCUUUCAGUAUCCCCCAAUACUUUGUCUAAUAUAGGUCACUAACCCCUCUGUGUGUGUGUAUGUGUGUGUGUCUAUGUAUGUCUGUGUGUAUGCAUGUGUGUGUGUUUACAUGUGUGUCUAUGUAUGUCUGUGUGUGUGUUUCUGUACGUGCAUGUAUUUCUCUCUGUGUGUGUGUGUGUGUGUGACCUCUGUAGCUGGCCGGGGCCAUGUUGACGGCCUGCUUUAUCUAUCUGCUGUAUAAAGAAGAGGAGGAGGACUUCUCUGCCGUGUGAUUGGCUAAGCCUCUGUCUGGUCACACUCGGUGGGGACGGGACAAGGUUGGAGGGCAUUGUGGGAAAAUGUGUUCUAUGUUUGUGUCUAUUUGAACAUUUCAAUGUUUGUUCUGUGUUGGUGUCUGGAUGUGUGUAUUUCUAUGUUUGUGAUUGUGUCUAUUGUGUGUUUGUGUGUGUGUGUGUGUGUGUGUGUGUGUGUGAAGAAAACAAAGAGACAGUUGAUCUGGUUGCAUGCUAUUUUUCCUGGCCUGUGCUUUAUUCUCGGUACCACCGAGCGACGCCCACCCCGAUAGGGACACCAGGCUGACCUCCACAUGCAUGUUGACCUUUGACCUUUGCAUGGCUGAAAGUGCUUGACAACAUUAUUCACAAUCCAAGGAGGUCAUGAGCAGAACAAACAGUUUACUGAAGUGCUCCCACAGACUAGACUAUGAGAUUAAUGCCCACAGAUAAAAGCGAACGACAGGUGUGCUUCACCAGAUUUGAAAGAAACCUGUACAAUGAAUUUCUCAUUGAAACUACUUUCUUAAUCUUCCUCGUCAUUCCAAACCCUAAACUAACGAGCAGGUAGGAAGUUUUAGCACAUUCUGUCAUCCAUCUCCUCCUUCUCCCUCAUCCUUCUCCCUCCUCCCUCCUCCUCCUCUCCCUCUUCCGUUUCCUCCUCCAUACCCUCCCUCCUCCCUCCCUCCCUUCUUCCUCCUCCUCUGUCUCUUCCUCCUCCUCUGUCUCCUCCCCCCUCCUCCGUCUCCUUCUCCCUCCUCUGUCCCACCUCCUCCUUCUCCCUCCUCUCCCGCCUCUGUCUCCUCUGCCUCCUAAUCAGUCUCCCCUCUCCUCCUCCCUUCUUCCUCCUCCUCCCUCCUCCUCCCUCCUCUGUCUCCUCCUCCGACUCCUCCCUCUUCCGUCUCCUCCUCCCUCCUCCUCCUCCUCCUCCCUCCUUCUCCCUCCUUCUCCCUCCUCCGUUUCCUCCUCCAUCCCCGUCUCCUCCUCCCUCCCUCCUUCCUCAUCCGUCUCUUUCUCCCUCCUCCUCCUCUCCCUCCAUCUUUCUGUGAGUUGUGAGUCAUCCUCUUCCUCCUCGCUGUGUGUCAUGUGGUGCUGGCAGGGUUAGAGGCAUCGUAAAAAACGCCCUGAGUGCCGAGCCGCCAAGGCCUUCUUUGACGAGUCUACUCCCCGCGUUGUGACCCCGGUCGAUAAUACCCUCGGAGAGGAGAAGACUGGAGGGGGGCCGUUGAUUGAAUCUCAGCCCUCCCAUUUGUCAUCCGUCACAUACCCCCCUCCAGCCAAUGUGGCUCAUCUAAGUCCUAACCUCUCAGCCAUUUCCCCUGUGUAUUAUUGUAACUCUGCUUUUGUCUGACAGAUCAAUGAGACCUUUCAUAUCCCCUAUCCCUUAAUAGUGAUGAUAUGGGAUGAUCCUGUUAGAAAUAGUGACGGGUUUAAGGCUAUUGGCAACACAAGUGUGUGUGUGUGUGUGUGUGUGUGCCUAUGUUGCGUGCGUAAAGGCCUGUUGUAUCCUCCCAUUUCUUCUCUACCCUAAUCUCAUCUCAUUUUAUUUAUGUCGGCUCCUUCAUCCAAACAAGCGGCAACUAAAGCUCCCUUAGACCGUCCUGCCGCUAGCUGAAAAGUACUUAUUUUUCUCAGAGCAACCAAAGUACCUACAAAGUUCUACUGUUGUAUCCCAGCAGCCCUUCACUUCCUUAUUUUUUCCUACACACAAAGUAUUCAUAGGAUUUUAAAUCUCUAACUGAGAUGACUCACAAGUGGAGUUUUGAAUGUACUUUAUAGAAGCGUUUGCGUACUUAAGGAGAAGAAAUAUCAAGUGUGUUUGAAUAAACAAUCAAUUUAUCUGAUGUAUAACCUAUUAAGUAACUAACAAAAGCAAUGUUUAGGGCUUUCUCAAGUAAAGCUGGUCUCAACACUUAUUGCAAGAUAUUUGUGCUCGGUGUUGAGAAUUUGGAGUGCACUAGGCAAAAUGUUUUGCAUCAUAAACCCCCAAAGUGCCACACUCCUUGUGUCCAUAGACUCCUUUCUAAGUAUUUACAUAUGUUACAUUAAUAAUUUGUUAUUACUUAUUAUUUUAUAUGCCUCACACAAAAUGCCAAAAACAUCAUAAAACAUAUUCUUCACAUCAUAUUUCUUUGUAAAACUUCCAUUUCAUUGUAUCCAAUAUUUUCCCUCAGUUUAAUCUUGUGAUUUUAUUAGUGGAUUAAUUAUUAAUGGUUUAUAACACUAAAUUAGGGUUUUGAGAAUGUUGGCAGUGCUUCAGACAGAAAUGUCCUUUGAAAAAUGGAUGUUGCUAAAUGUAUGUUUGUUCACAGAUUAUCUCUCUCCAACAACAGUCAUAGUGGGAGCUCUAACAUUCACCACUGGCCACCACAGGCCCAAUUACACCACUGCUGCAAUAAUGGCUGCUCGGCACUCCUUUUCCCAUAGUAACCAUACACUUUCUCACCCUCUCAUCCCUAACCCAUUCUCCUCAUGCUAUCCCACUAUGCUACCAUGACGACUGACCUUUACCCUUGAUUGACCUUCACAAUUGUGUGUGUGUGUGUUUCAGAUCUGUGGGAUGACGUUCACAUGCUGCCUACACAGAAGGAUUAAGUUGGACCCUUAUUGAACCCUACAGUCCAGCCCCCCAACACCAUCCUGCCUCACGGCCCAGGGAGCAACAAUGCCUGCUGAACACUCAACCUUGACCUCUAACCCCUCCUGACCUCUGAACCUUACAAUCCAACCCUGCCUGGAUCCUUCUGCACCCCUGCCUUGGCUUGGAUGCAUUCACAGCCCCCCACUCUCUCAAAGACAAGGCCAAUGAAGAAGAGAUGCUUUGGUAUUUUGGUGUUGUUAUUUUCUGUAGUAAGCCUACUGCUGUUUAUGUAAGGUAGUUCUUACUGUAUGUUGUCAAUACAGUCAAAUCCUUACUGUAGAUUUCACAGUUAUCAACAUUCCACACAACUGGAAGGCAAAGCGAAGUGGUUGUGACUGAGAAUCAAGUGUACUGUACACACUCUCAUGGUGUUGCUGCUUGCGAAGGGUUGAUUAUUGAAUUAGUGCUAUAUUCAGUGUGUCACGGAUGUGGACCACAAUGUGCCUCUGUCAUCGUUUUAUCACAUAUUCUCUGAUAGCUUUGUUACACCGAUGUAAUGGUUCACCACAAAGGGAAUCCCAUGGUAAUCGAUGUUUGAUCUACAUCACAAAGAAAAACAAUCAUGAGUUGAUUGAUACCCACAGAAUAAUCGAGUAGAUAUAGGGAAAACUCCAUUAUGUGUAUAUAGAUGAUAGCAAAUCUUGAUAUGAAUGAAAAUAGCACUAAACGCUGCUAAGAGUAACGUUGCACCUAACGUUUCUGUAUGUGUUGCCUCCGUAGUUUGACUAACAAAUCUCGUUCUGUGUUGUAUGCUAUGCUAAACCUACAGUACCACUCAUCUUUCAAUCCCAGGACCAACUGACUUGUUUUACGGACACUUUUAUUAUGCUGGAGAAACGUUGUCAUUUACCAAUGAUACAGGGUCAGAUCUUUCUACGUUCCCCCUACUGGUUAGAUUAGGAUUCAGGGGUUAUGGGCGACUUCUGAGGUUUGAACUGUCAUGAGUCUGUCCUCUCCUCUGGUGUGGGUUAAGAUCCCCAUCUAGUGGUGGAUAUUGGUACAUACUCCUGUGCAGUGCUCCUGUAGUAUUCUGUGUAGGGUUGCAAAAUUCUGAGAACUUUCAAUACAUUUUCUGGUUUUCCAGAAAUCCUGGUUGGAGGAUUUUGGAUUUCCUGCUUAUUCCCU